GCUUGAAAAGAGCGCUUGUCACUACGGGUCGGGGAUGUUUAAUCGGCACCAUUACUCUUGCACCAUUACCUCCACGUUCUAGAUUCCUGUUUUCAUUGGUGUGAAAGUCUUGCACACUCGUCGAAUGUCGUUGACGGCUUCUCAAAAAUCUGCAAUCUCUUCUGUCUUCGAUGUUCUGCUUACUGCAGUUGCGACGCCUCCAAGUAAAGCCAAACCUGGUGACAUAGGAGUCGGAGGAACGGGAAUAGGAACAGGUAGAGGGCGUAAGAGGCUGUUGAGUGGAAUGUUCUUGGUCCUUCUGGAUCGGAAUGAUUGGGCGGAGUACUACGAUUUAAUCCCCAAUCCACGCGCUUUACACCCGAUUCGCGAUUCACUUGCCGAGAACAAGUACACGAACGCGUUAGAGGUGUAUACAGACUUGAGUUUAGUAUUUUGGAACGCCAUAUUUUACAAUGAGCGGGACAGCCAGAUUUCUAAAGACGCCGCAGUCUUGAAGAAUCUUCUAGACAUUGAGUGGGCGAAGCGUGCUGACUUGCCUCAGCCCAAAUCACGCUCUCCUCCGCCUGGCUCGGCACAGAAAACUUAUCCAGAAAUCGAGGAGAAGGAACGGGAGAGGGAAAGAGAAAUAGAGCAUCAAAUAGAGAUGGAGAAAGAAAAAGAGAAAGAAAAGGAGAGAAACGCGAAGAGCUCUGAAAUACAAACUCCACAGCCGUCUCAACUUCUAUACCAACCUCAACCAACAUUUCAACCUCAACUCACAUUCAACUCUGUCCCGGACAUCGUCGACAUGGACGUAGACAUGCCAGAUACUGAGAGCGAAGUCGAUCAAACUGAUACCGAAGCCGAAGCAGAUGACGAAGACGAAGGCGAUGGCAUUGACGAAGAUAUUAUUCAUCAGCUGGAAAACAGUCUCCCCAGAUGGCCUGGAUUCUAUGACAACGAGGAAGAAGGGUGGUUAGCCGAGGGGAACACCGGAUUAUACUUAGAGCUCAUUCAUGCACUCAAAGGACACAAGGACGUUAUUGGAAACCGUCUCGCUGCCGUACUCGAAGCUAUCCCAGAUGUCAUUGAUGGUCCAACGAGUACGACCAAGGGGAAGCUCAUUUCAAUCAAAGCGAUUGAAGCACGAAUAAAGUCUAACGCCUACCCAACUGCCGCGUCUUUCGAUAAGGACAUGAUGUUACUAUUCGAGAAAGGGCGAAGGUGGUGGGAGCCUGCGCACCCCCAUACUGAUCAUUCACCGACCUCCUCCUCAAAAUCUUACUCCGUACCUUCUGGAAAACCAAAAUCAAUUUAUGGUGGAUCUAGGGUAGAAUACGCCCAAGUUCUGAUCUUACAGCGUCUCUACCAAAGCCUUACCUCUCCUUAUCUCCCGGAUCGCCCUAAACCAAAUUCAGGUCCUCCAUACUCCUCUGAAACCAAUUUCGCGAGCCUCCGUGUUGGGCCUGGGAGACCCAAUCCUCAUCAAUCCCAGAACCCGCCUGUUGCAGAAGAAAACCCAACCCUUACGUCGGGUUUAAAGCAAAUCCAUACCAUUAUGGAAAAUCGAACUUUUCUUGACCAGGUCAAAUACAAGGGAUGGACUGUUCGCGUGGGCGAUUGGGUGCAUCUAGCGAAUGGAAGUGAUAUGUAUAGUGGUACAGGUGCAGGGGCGGGUGGUGGUGCCGGGCGACCGAUUGUUGCCCAGGUUUGGAAGGUAUGGCAGAUGCAAACCAAUGCUACGAGUGCGAGUACGAAUGGUGCUACAUCUAGUCGAAGCCAAAAUGGUGUAUCAUCAAAAGGAGAUGGAGAUGGAAUCACUGUUUGCUGGUAUUACCGCCCCGAAGAGACAUUCCAUUCUUCGCAAAGGGUAUUUUGGGAGAAUGAGGUAUUCAAGAGCAAUCACUUCGCGUCUCAUCCCGUCUCGGACAUACUUGAGCCCAUCUUCGUCCAGCAUACUCGGGCUCACAUCCGGGGCAGACCCCGAGGAAACGAACGGAGAUGGUAUCCUGGAUGGCCGCUAUAUGUCUGUGAUUCGCGUUACAGCUAUAGCAAGGGAUAUAGGAACUAUCAGAAUCGUGCUAGAGGUCUAAGUGGACAGAUAGCACCUAAACCAGCCUUUUUCCGCAUCAAAAAUUGGGCUUCGUGUCUGCCUCCGGAGAUAUCUCAGGGAAUACAGCAGCUGAUAUACCCCUUCGAGAAGACAGUCUUUCCUGUCAGGCGACCAAGUCCUUUUACUGUUGGAGGUGGAGGACCUGGUGGUCUUGUUGAAGACAGCGUCUCUGGCACAGUAUCGGGGCCAACGAAAGGUGUCUUAGCUGGCUCUGCUGACGUUGCAAAGUCUGUAGCUACUGCUAUACAAUACUUGCAACAGUAUGCCAAUGUACAGUCACAAUCUCAGCCGUAUUCUCAACCUUACCAAAGAUAUCAGUCAUCAUCCGUACCCGCACCGGCAACAACAAAAGCAUCCAAACCAGAUCGAACCUCAACUGCAUACGCCAUGGCGCAAGCACAAGGGGCGCAAGUUGAUCUUUUGAUGUUACCCAAAGAUACUACCCGUCAUUUUUCCAGAGACCCGACCACCGGCUCUCUCCUCUGGUUUCCCUCGGCACCUACGAAUGCUCCAGGGCGUGGGGGAAACGCAGCUAGUACAUCUGGAUACACUGGCUCCAACUCGAGGGUCAGGGUAGGAUACAGUCUGGAAUAUCUACAUUGGAGGGCGAUGAAAUCGGCCAAGAAAUCGGAGGAAGAUGUCCAGGAAAGUUCGGCGAAACGGAAAACAUUGGAGGUAGAUGGGGACGUAGUCAAUGGCAAUGGUAGUGAGGUUGAAUCAGAUCCGUCAGAGCUAACAAGUUUGAGGAAGAGACAAAAGCCAAGUUGAAUGGAAAUGACGGAGGGGUUCGCAGAAAACUGAAAGGUCGUAGUGCACGUAAAUUUAUUUCUAAAGGUUAUCACGGUGGGCUGUAGAACUCUCAAUAUAUCGAUACCAGAUAUAUAUCUAUUGUAGCAAUAGUACUUUUGUAACGUCUUCGAUAUGGG